GCGCGCGCACACAGCGGCUAAACAGUCAAUGACAGGAACUCCUCAGGUUAAGACUUUCUUUUUAAUUACUGACACUUUUAACUUGGAACUUUUCUACUGAACUUGAAUAAGACUUUUAUUAUUAGAUAUCACUGUUUUGGAAUUCAUUCUCAUAACUUAAUGGAUUUUUAAAAUUUAUUUUAAUCUUUCUGGUGAUGUUGAAACUGACGUUUUACUUAAAUGUUUCUGCAUAUAAGUGACCCAGUGCUGGUAAUUCUGUGAGCGUCAGUUAUCACAGGAAUUCUUCAGCAGUGUAUUUUCGGAACAGCGUCACUCAGUGACAGCGGAUAGUUUAUCUGUGGAUUUUAAAGGACCCUCUUGAGCCACGUUGAGUGUCUGAUAGCUUUCUCAUCUGCACUGAAAGAUGCUCCAGGAUGGCAAGUCUCAAACGGACAACGCGGACGCGUCCGAGCCAGAGCCAAAGCCCGAAGCGCAAAGCGAGAAGCCCGAAGCGAGCGAGAGCGCCGCGUCUCACCCCGAGAACGAGUCCACAGACACAGACUCCACUCAGUUCCCCCUGCCCGUUUACCCCAAACUGGAAAUCAAGCGCCAUGCUGUGACUGAUGACUACAAAGUCUCAAGUCAAGUGUUAGGUCUGGGUAUUAACGGCAAAGUUAUGGAGUGCUAUAACAAGAAAACCGGACAAAAGUGCGCGCUUAAGAUUCUGUAUGAGUGUCCCAAAGCCCAAAGAGAAGUGGAACUGCACUGGCGAGUAUCUGGGGGGCCACAUAUAGUUCGGAUACUCAGCCUCUAUGAAAACAUGUAUCGUGGGAAAAAGUGUCUUCUCAUAAUUAUGGAAUGUAUGGAAGGGGGAGAGCUCUUCAGCAGAAUCCAGGCCAGAGGAGACCAAGCCUUCACCGAACGAGAGGCAUCUGGGAUCAUGAGAGACAUCGGCAAAGCCAUCCAGUAUCUGCACAACAUGAACAUUGCACACAGAGACAUCAAGCCAGAGAACCUUCUCUACAAUAGAAAAGAAGACACUGGAGUUCUCAAACUAACCGAUUUUGGCUUCGCUAAAGAGACUUCACUGAAUAACCUAUUACAGACGCCCUGCUACACGCCGUAUUAUGUAGCACCAGAGGUUUUAGGCCCUGAGAAAUACGACAAAUCAUGUGAUAUGUGGUCUCUGGGAGUGAUCAUGUACAUCCUGUUGUGUGGAUUCCCACCCUUCUACUCCAACACAGGACAGGCCAUUUCACCGGGAAUGAAGCGGCGUAUUCUCAUGGGCCAGUACGAGUUUCCCAACCCAGAGUGGGCUGAAGUGUCUGAGGAGGCCAAACAGUUGAUUCACAAGCUAUUGAAGACCGACCCUAAUGAAAGAAUGACCAUUGAACAAUUCAUGAACCACCCCUGGAUCAAUCAAUCCAUGGUGGUUCCCCAAACACCUCUCCAUACCACACGAGUGCUGACAGAAGACAGUGAGAUGUGGGACGAGGUCAAGGAAGAGUUAACUAGUGCACUGGCCACCAUGCGUGUCGAUUACGAGCAGGUGAAGAUUAAGGACUUGAAUGCCUCCAGUAACCCCUUGCUUAACAAGAGACGCAAGAAAGCAGAAACGGGACAGAAGAGUGGAGGACGUGGAUGCAGUAACCAAUGAGGGACUGGGGAUGAAGAAUAGAUAAAUAAGUGACAUGAAGGAAAGUGCAAGAACAGAUAAACGGAGUCAAGAGCAAGAGUGGAAGCAUGAGGAAAUAGAUGGACUCUCCAAAGAAGAACUGAGGACUGAGGGAAGAGGCAAGAACAGGAGACAAUUUUGUUGAUAAACAAGAAAAUUUGCAAUGCACAUGUACACAGAGGAAGUCCUUGUUUCUACCACCAGCAGUGAAGAAGACUUUAAAAAGCUGCUUUAAAAUCCUUCAGCUGUGUGUGUGUAUGCUGUAAGUGUUCAUUAAUGUACCAUUAUGUCUUUUUGUGUACUAAUCUAUUACUUGAUGUGCACUGGUCACACUAUGUAUGUGUUAUAUAUGUGUAUUUGUAUAAGAUGUGUUUCUAUGUGUCUAAGUCUCAUCAAGCUGAUCAUGCAGGCCACUCCAGAGACUUAAAGGAAUAGUUCACACACAAAAAAGAAAUUGCUGAGAAUGCACUCAAAUGUACCCUCAGGCCAUUCAAGAUGUAGAUGGGUUUGUUUCUUCAUCAGAACAGAUUUGGAGAAAGUAAGCAUUACACUUGCUCACCAAUGGAUCUUCUGCAGUGAAUGGGUGCCGUCAGAAUAAGUGAGUCCAA